AUGGCACUGCUCCCUGGCUGCUCUGGGGGCCGCAGCCCCCCGUGCCAAGGGGUCCCACGAGCUUCCCCUCUCCCUGCUGUGCGGGAGCCGCCGGGGCCCGGGUGGCCGCAGCUCGUCUCGCUCUUCCUGCCGGAGUUCCCCGUGCGCCCCUCCGCCCGCCAGCAGCAGCUCAAGAUCCUGGGAUUCGUGGCCAAAGGCUCCUUCGGGACCAUCCUCAAGGUGCUGGACUGCGGGCGGGAGAAGGUCUGCGCCGUGAAGGUUGUGCCCAAGGUGGAGGUGCUGCGUCGAGACACCCUCAAGCAGUGCAAAGAGGAAGUGAGCAUCCAGGUAGAGAGGGGACAAGGGACAACAGCGCGUCCCCGCGGCCCCCCUGCAGCAGCUCUUGUGGAGGGGGCAAGGGAGGACGUGGCCAGGCGGGAGCUGAACGAGCUGCUCCGGUCCCUGCGCCCGCCUGUGUGCACCUACUGCAGCGCGGGGGACCUGCAUGCGCGGUGGCAGGCUGCCGGGCGCUUUGCCGAGGCCACCGUCCGCCUCUUCGCCGCCGAGCUGGUGCUGGUGCUGGUUUAUCUCCAUGACUUGGGCAUCGUGCACCGAGAUGUGAAGCUGCUGUGCCGGAAUCCGCUGCGGCGCCUGCGCUACCUGCACCACUUCCAGGGCCACCCCUUCUUCCGUGGGGUGGCCUUCGACGCCGAGCUGCUGCAGAAGGACCCUGUGGACGUGGACGUGGCCCCGCGGCCGGACGAGGAGCCCCUGCCCGAGGCCGCUGGCGCCUUCGAGGACUUCGACUGCGCCCUCGCUGCCGCUCCGGACCGGCCCUGGCCCGGCUGA